UGGCGUUUAUUAUCUUAUCUCAUGGGGUUAAAUAGUCAAGGGGGCUUCACUACGUCAGAAGGGGAUGGUGGGUCUGGCUAGGGUUAGUAAGGAGUGGAAAACUACUGAGUUUAGGAGGGGCUGCAUGCUUUGGGGGUAAUUGAUUAACUAUAGCAGGAAGAAGGGGGGAAGGGUCUAGCUUUCCGUCACAUCCCGAGAUCUUCCGUUCACCUGUCCCUAUCUACCACACACAUCUCACUGAACAAUAGCAUUGUGACAGACCAUUGUAGCCAUCAUUCCUGGUCAUCUUAUGAAAGAACGUCGAGAAUGCCACUGACAUUCCCUUUCCAUGGGAGCUGCGGUGGGUGCUGAAGAACGCCGGCAGGAACCGCAGCAACAACGCUGCGCCCAGAGCAAUGGCAUGAAUGUCUUGUUUAUAAUUGUGGAUGAUCUGCGUCCUGUGUUAGGCUGCUACGGAGAUAAGCUUGUGAAAUCUCCCAACAUUGAUCAACUUGCUUCCCAAAGUAUGGUGUUCAGCAAUGCAUAUGCCCAGCAAGCUGUGUGUGCUCCCAGCAGAGUGUCAUUUCUCACUGGCCGCAGGCCUGACACUACCCGGCUCUAUGAUUUCUACUCCUACUGGAGAGUUCAUGCAGGAAACUAUUCCACCAUGCCCCAGUAUUUCAAGGAAAACGGCUACGUGACCCUAUCUGUGGGGAAAGUUUUUCAUCCUGGGGUUUCAUCCAAUUACAGUGAUGACUAUCCCUACAGUUGGUCCAUUCCACCUUUUCAUCCUUCAGCUGAAAAGCACGAGAAUGAUAAGACUUGUAGGGGAAAAGAUGGAAAACUUCAUGCAAACUUGGUGUGCCCAGUGAACGUGACAGAAAUGCCUGAGGGGACUCUGCCUGAUAUUCAGAGCACUGAGGAGGCCAUAUACUUACUGAAUGUCAUGAAAACCACCAGGCAAAAGUUCUUCCUGGCUGUUGGUUACCACAAGCCACAUAUCCCACUGAGGUACCCACAGGAAUUUCUCAAGUUGUACCCCUUGGAAAAUAUCACAUUGGCCCCAGAUCCCUGGGUGCCUAAGAAGCUACCUUCUGUGGCAUACAACCCCUGGAUGGAUAUCAGACAGAGGGAUGAUGUGGAAGCACUAAAUGUUAGUUUUCCUUAUGGACCACUUCCAGAUGAUUUCCAGCGGCAGAUUCGUCAGAGUUACUAUGCAGCAGUUUCUUACCUGGAUGUACAAAUUGGCCUGCUUCUGAGUGCUUUGGAUGAUGCAGGACUCUCAAAUAACACAAUAGUAGUUUUUACUGCUGAUCAUGGAUGGUCCCUGGGAGAACAUGGUGAAUGGGCAAAAUACAGCAAUUUUGAUGUUGCUACCCGAGUGCCGCUGAUGUUUUAUGUCCCAGGAAUGACAACUUGCCCUGUCAGUCAAGGAGCAAGAGUCUUCCCCUACCUUGACCCUUUUAGCCAUAUUGGAGGCUCAGUACCUCAAGGACAAAGUAAAAAAGUGGUGGAGCUGGUAUCUCUGUUUCCAACGCUUGCAGAGCUGGCUGGCCUGCAGGUCCCUCCUGCGUGCCCAGAGAUGUCGUUUGGUGUUGUGCUGUGCACUGAGGGGAGAAGCAUUGUCCACUAUUUUAAUAUCUCUGAAGGAAAGGUGGAAGAAGGCAAGGAAGGGUGUGAUGACACUGACAGGUGUUUUAAUGAAGAACCUGUUGCUUUCAGCCAAUAUCCCCGGCCUGCAGACACUCCCCAGUGGAACUCUGACAAACCAAAGCUGAAAGACAUCAGGAUCAUGGGCUAUUCCAUGCGUACCAUUGACUACAGGUACACGGUGUGGGUGCAGUUUGAUCCCAACAACUUCAGUGCUAACUUCGAGGAUGUCCAUGCAGGAGAGUUGUACAUGAUGGAGAAUGACCCAAACCAGGAUUAUAACAUCUAUGACAAUACUUCACAUGGUUGGUUUUUCAAAAAUCUUCUUGGCUUUCUAAAGCACUAGGGUUCAGAAACUUCUUUGUGCCUGUUCUUGCAACUGAAUUAAUGCUUCCUUCUUUUGUAUAGAAUCUUUCUGUUGUACAGAAGACAUUUGGAUUGAAUAAAAAUCCUGCUUGUAU